AGCGCUGAGCAGGACCAGCAGCAGAGAGCCACAGAGAGCCACAGAGAGCCGUAUUGAGCCGUACAGACGCGAGGAACAAAACCAGCAAAACACAGAGCAACUUUGCAAUGUUAAUUGCGAAAAUCUCCUUUUUAUGCUGAUGACCGUAUAGACGCACUGCAGGCGUAGUCUUUUGAUCGGUUCAAGAAGCAAGAGAUCCGAUCUCGUCAUGCUCCAGAGGCUGUCUGUGGCUCUUCACCCCUGUCGUGCCUCUUCUCUGGGGCUGGUGAGAUGGGUCUCCUCGGGCUCUGUAAACAUCUCAGAGCAACUGAACUUCUGGGCUGGAGAGAGAAGAUCAAGCACACAAAAAAGCAACGUGGAAAAUGUAUACGAACCAGCAACAGGACGUGUUUUGUGCCAAUUACACGAGUGUGGUCCUGAAGAUGUUAAUGAAGCUGUGAAUAAUGCCAAGUCAGCAUUCAACUGCUGGAGCAAAAUGUCUGGGCUGGAGAGGGCAAGGAUCUUAAUAGAAGCUGCACACAUUAUUGAGAACCGAAGAGAGGAGAUUGCACAGAUGGAAGUUGUCAAUAACGGAAAGUCCAUUACAGAGGCUCGUUUGGAUGUUGAUUCUGCCAGACUUUGUAUAGAAUACUAUGCAGGGUUGGCCAGCACCUUGUCAGGGCAACAUGUCCAGUUACCUGGUGGAUCCUUUGCCUACACUCGAAGAGAGCCUUUUGGUGUGUGUGCUGGCAUCGGUGCAUGGAACUAUCCCUUUCAAAUCGCUGCUUGGAAAUCCGCUCCAGCCCUGGCUUGUGGAAAUGCUAUGAUCUUUAAACCAUCCCCGGUGACCCCAGUGACUGCAGUGUUAUUAGCAGAAAUAUAUGCUCAAGCUGGGGCUCCACAAGGGCUUUUUAACAUUGUCCAGGGUGGACAAGAGACAGGCCGACUACUGUGCCAGCACUCUGACAUCGCCAAGGUCUCAUUUACUGGAAGUGUACCCACGGGGAAAAAGAUAAUGGAAAUGGCCUCACAGGGGGUCAAACCUGUGACUCUUGAACUUGGAGGAAAGUCUCCUCUACUGAUUUUUAAUGACUGUGGUCUAGAAAACGCAGUGAGAGGAGCUCUUAUGGCCAAUUUUCUAUCUCAAGGCCAGGUAUGUAGCAACGGAACAAGAGUUUUUGUUCAUAAAGAUAUUCUGCCAGAGUUUGUGGAGGAGGUUGUGAAGAGGACUAAAUUAAUAGAAAUAGGAGACCCACUGCUGGAGACUACUCGAAUGGGAGCACUGGUUAAUCGGCCACACCUAAACAAAGUGUUAUCCUAUGUCAAUCAGGCAAAGAAAGAGGGAGCAAAUGUUUUGUGUGGAGGGGAAGUGUUCGUCCCAUCCGAUCCUAAACUUAAAGAUGGAUACUACAUGACUCCAUGUGUACUCGGAAUCUGCACUGAUGAGAUGACCUGUGUGAAGGAGGAGAUCUUUGGUCCCGUCAUGUCUGUGCUGUCAUUUGAAACAGAAGAGGAAGUGUUGCACAGAGCAAAUGACACAAAUUUAGGUCUGGCUGCUGGAGUUUUUACCAGGGAUGUGAGAAGAGCCCAUCGGAUUGUUGAACAUCUGAAAGCUGGUUCUUGUUUCAUCAAUAACUACAACAUAACUCCUGUGGAAGUGCCUUUUGGAGGUUUUAAGAUGUCAGGCAUUGGGCGAGAGAAUGGACAGGUCACAAUAGAGUAUUACUCACAGUUGAAGACUGUUUUUGUGGAGAUGGGAGAUGUGGACAGCCUUUUCUGAAAUUCACUGAUGUGCAAUUAGUGAACUAAUAGGAGGUCUGGGAAAAUACUUGAAGUACUUAAAUACUUGCCUACACUAUUAAGCCACUAUUUAGUGUUAUGUUGUAGUAGAUGCU